AACGACUGUUUAGAAAUGGCGAAUAACGUCGCUAUGAUCGGCAUCUGUUCGAUGUUUCUGGUGGCUCUGGUGAUUGCCGUGGUUGCUGGUGUGACUCACAUCAAGAACAAAGACGCCGAGAGCGACGGUGUAUCGGCUUCCAAGAAGGCAAUACAAGUUCUUUGCGAACCGGUGGAUUAUAAACAGACGUGCGUGGAGAGUUUGUCCAAGUCGAAUUCUAGUGACACCACGGAGCUGAUAAGGACUGGUUUUCAGGCGGCGAUGACGGAGAUAAAGGAGGUGUUGUCGAAAUCGGCGACGAUCCAAGAGUUGCAGACGGAUGUUGGGACGAAGGAUGCCUUUAAGGUUUGUCAGGAGGUGUUGGAUUACGCCAUUGAUGACCUUGAGAACUCGUUCCAGACGCUUGGUGAAUAUAAAAUGAGCAAGAUCGAUGAUUACCUAAUGAACCUCAAGGUAUGGCUGAGCGGCGCCGUGACAAGCCAACAAACGUGUAUAGACUCGUACGUGGAGAAGAACGGAACGGCGGCGGAUAAGAUGUUGAGCCUCAUGAAGAAGUCACAGGAGUUAACUAGCAACGCCCUUCACAUGGUGUCUGGAAUAUCAUCUAUCCUCAAGGACCUCAACAUCCCAGACCUCGAGAACCUCGACAGUUCUUCCGGCAUCGAACGCAAGCUCUUGUCAAAAACGGUGAUCGGUUUUCCUGAAUGGAUGAGCUCGGGAGACCGGCGACUCCUGCUGGCAGCAGACGUUACACCGAACGUCACCAUUGCUAAAGAUGGAAGUGGUAAAUAUGAUAGCAUCACCAAGGCCUUGGCUGAAGUCCCAAAGAAAAAUAAAGUGCGAUUUAUUAUUUACAUUAAGGCGGGUGUUUACAAGGAGAAUGUCAAUGUCACCAAGGCCAUGGACAAUGUCAUGUUUAUCGGAGAAGGUCCUACCAAGACUAUCAUCACCGCUCACCUGAGCAGCCAAUUUGAUCAGAUUACCACGUUUCACACUUCAACUGUUGCUGUGAAUGGGAAACAUUUCGUAGCAAAGAACAUCGGAUUCGAAAACACAGCCGGAACAGAGGGUCACCAAGCUGUUGCCCUCAGGUCGAGCGGUGAUUGGGCCUCCUACUACAACUGCCACUUUAGCGGGUACCAGGACACACUUUACGCCAACAAGCACAGGCAGUACUACCGUGACUGCACCAUCAAAGGCACCGUGGACUUCAUCUUUGGCGACGCAAGGAGCUUGUUCCAGAACUGUCAUAUUAUCGUGAGGAAGCCGGCAGACAAUCAGAAUUGUAUCGUCGCAGCACAUGGGAGAGAUGACUCGAAAACCUAUACCGCCAUCGUGCUCCACAACUGCACCAUCUCCGGUGAUAAGGACUACCUCCCAGUUAAGGACAAGAACAAGUCGUACCUCGGCAGACCCUGGAAGCCUUAUGCCAUCACUGUUAUCAUGCAGAGCCAGAUCGACGACAUCAUCACGCCUGAGGGGUACACUCCGAUGAAUGGCACCGUCGGAUUGGAUACCUCGUUUUAUGUCGAGGUCGGCAACAGAGGACCCGGUGCCAAAACUGACGGUAGGGUCAAAUGGGGUGGUAUCAAGCAUAUGGAUUUAAAUGCCGCUAAGCAAUUCACUCCUAGCAUCUUCCUCGAAUCCGAAACCUGGAUUCCACAACUUGGGAUUCCUUGUGCUCCCGGUUUGCUUUAAAGGGUGUAAAUUAAAUAGCAAAAAGCCUAAAGCCAU